UGGCUGCCGAGGUGGGCAUCGGGGUCUUGAUUGAUAUGCACGGCGCGGUCGGUAGCCAGAAUGGGCAAUCUCACUCUGGAAUUUCGGACCACCAUGUGGGACUCUUCGAAUCACAGCAAAACAUGGACAUGACUGUGGCUUGUCUCGAAUUCUUGAUGCGGAAUCUGGGACAAGUUACCAACGUCGUGGGGAUCCAGAUCUUGAAUGAGCCGGUGGAUAGUCCACAGCUCAAAGACUUCUACAAUCGAGCCAUCUCAGCAAUGAGAGCGGUGGCCGAAUGGGCAGCUGUCUUCCCACUCUACAUCCAUGAUGCGUUCAAUCUCGAGGAAUACAGCAAUUUCGUUUCGGCGAGGGACGACUGGGUGAUUCAGGACCACCAUUCGUACUUUGUUUUUACCCCGAAAGACACGAGCGAAUCUGCCUCUAAUCAUACUCAAGAAGUACGAACCAACAUCGCGAAUUC